UCAGUAAUCUGUGGAUUAAAUGAAAAUUGAAAAACAAAAACAGAAAACAAAUCUCUGAAAUCAGAAGCCCGAACCGAACCCGAACGUGUAUAAAGGAUACGAAUACAGAUUACGUAUAGAAUAGAUCAAAUCAAUAGAAGUGGAAGUUACAAAAAUUAACAUAAGUCAUAAAUAAUACAAUGGAAAAUUGCAAUAAAAUCAUUCCACCACAUUUGAAUGCGGAAGCUUACAGAACUUGCAUACCAGAAAUAAACACUCGAUCUUAUUUUGAUUACAUUCAUAUUAACGCCGAAGGAACAUCACUAAUAGGCUGUUCAGAGUUAACUGGAAGAAAUUGGAAUGGUGCAGUCAGUGUAUGCUCCAAGUGGUCUGACAAAAAGUCUAGAAUGCCACCAAAAAAAGAUAUUGACUUGACAAGUGGUUCUGCUGAUGGGUGCUUUAUAGAUAGUUCAUAUAAAGUUUUGCUCGGUGAGGAUAGUGGUGCUCUGAGUAUAUGGUCUACGGCUGUAAAUGCCUGGGAUAAUUGGAUCGAAGAGAUGUCAGUAGCGGAGCACGACGGUGCAGUAUUGGCGCUAGACUGCCUUGUCCCUGGUCAAGAGUAUGUCACUGUUGGUGAAGACGGAAAUAUGAAGGUAUGGGAUAUUUCUGAUUUGAUAUGUGUAAGAAACUACGUUGGAGCACAUAGCAGAGCAAUUUAUGAUGUCUCAGUUAGGCCACAGUCUGACGCCAACUUAGCUACAGGAUCCUUGGAUUAUUAUGCAUCACUAUGGGAUCACAAUAUUGCCAAGCCUGUUUUAGAUCUGGCCAAAAAUGAUUGUGGCAUAAGAUGUCUACAAUGGCUGGAUGAGAAUCGGCUUUUCUUUGGCGACGAAGCCGGAGCAUUGAGUAUGAUUGAUGUCCGAACACCUAAACAUGUUACUAAGCUCACAGAAUUCCCAGCGCCAGUUCAUAAAAUAUGCUGUCAAUCUGGGUCCGAUCGAGUGUCUGUAUGUUGUGAUAACAAUGUACUGUCAGUAUAUGAGUUUGAUGAAGACUGUAAACUGAAGAUGAUUUAUGAAAAUAGCCGUUUACAUAAUAAUAACAUCAGAGGAAUGGCUUGGGAUGUUGAGGACAAAAAUGUCUUGCACACUGUUGGAUGGGACAGUGAAAUAAGGGUCCAUAAUAUAGGUUCUGCCGACCCAAGAGUGUGUUAAUAUAGGUUCUGUAGUUUUUUUGACUAAAAAUACCAAAACGGUAUUGUUGCAUGACACUUAUAAACGCUCCAUAUUCUCGUGCGAUUAUGGAUUCGCGAAUAAUUCGAACGGUAAUGUAGAUUAGUCUCUAGCAUGCCUUCGGAAUCUUGUAAAGCAUAGAUCAAAUAUUUUUUACAAUUAGAUAUGUCACUAGCGCGUCAAAAUUGAGGCGAACAAAGGCCAAUUGUCUUAAUUUCUUUUAGUUGCAUACUAAACGAAUAAUACCUAAAUAUUGUUUACAAUAUCAAGUUGUGUGUUCAGGGAGUGUAAAAACUAUAUAUACACACACACCGUGUCCGUGGCCGCGUCGGUAUGUCACUAUGCCCGUUGUUAUAUUUUUGUAACUCUAUGGUAAAUUUAUCCUGAUUGACAAUUGAACGGUUUCACUUCCGAUAGAUUACAAUAUACCGAAAAAUAACACGUUAAAUUGUAAUCAGUAUUUUCAGUUCACAAUAUGACGGCAGAUUAUAAUAUUACGAGUGAGAUUAUAAACUAACGUAUUUUAAACACAAAAUUGUGCAUGUGUAUAUUAGUGGAGUAGCUAAAUUCGGAUCACUUUUUGCGGUGAUUUUAUAGGUACGUGACAUAUCUAAUAGUAUAAAAUCAUUGAUGUAGACACAGUUUAAAACCCGUUUUGAAACCGGGUACCUAUAUGUCCUUAUGACACGCUAAAUCCUUUCAAGCCUUUAAUGCAUGUAGGUUUUCAAACUUGUUGACGUUUCGGAACAUCGUUAAGAUGCGCAAUGCGAACCUACGUGCGACACAACCAUACAAGAAUAUAAGUUAAUAAAAAUGAAUAUAAUAAACUCGCUUUGUGGCAACACUACAAAUAUCAACCACUUAUUAUUGAUCAUUUUAUCAGAUUAUUAAAAUCAUAAUUACAAGACGAAUAACGGUAAAUAUCAUUAAUUUAGCUGAGAUUUACUAAUUUUAUAAAUUUCAUGAAAUCAGCAUCAUCUUAGUAUUCAUUACAUAAUGCUUAGUUCGGGGCUAGAUAGCAAUGUAAAAUUUUCCAUAUAUUGAUUUAUUUAUAUUAGACAGUAAUAUUAUUUUUAAGACUUAUUGAACUUAUUGAAAGGGUAAGAACAACAAUAAGUGACUACAGCGCCCUCAUUUAUUUUCUACUCUCUCGUGUCGCACUAUAUCUGCGCAGUACACGUAGCGAAAGCCGCAGCUAAUUUCACUACACCAUUUUUAUUUAAUGUGUAAUGUGUCUUGCACUUCAUUCCUACCAACAAUACCUACUUUAUAGAUUUAAAGCAAAUAAACUUUAAAAUAAUAUGUA